AUGGCUGAUCUAAAUAAUAAUAAUGAAAUUAACGAAAUUCAAAAAUUCGUGAAUUUAUGGUCAGAGACCUAUAAACCACUUGCCUGGACCAGUAUAGUUUAUUUUGUAUUUUGGUAUCCUCCAUGGACUUUAUUUUGUCUUGCUUGGGUGACAUUCACUGCUUUGAUAAGUCUUGCUUCGUUGAUAAUCCCUCCUUUGGGUUAUUGCUUUUGCAUAGGGUCGGUAAUAUCUUGGAGAUCAUUGGCAAGGAUUGAGCUGCUAACAGUGUCAUAUUGUAUAAAUCCAAAAAAUUUUAUCAAAGACUCUAUCACAGAAAUAGAGCGUAACGGAGGUCUUUUUUAUCCAAUCACUAAAAUUUCACCCACGAGAACUGCUUUUCCUGGUUACAUACAAUUUGGUGCUGAAUUUGUUUCCCAUCAACAUACCAGAAAUUGUUUCUUUUAUUUUACGUUUUAUAAGACAUUUACCUUAUUAUUAUUCGUCGUGUUAUUUCCGAAAGUUUGGUGA